GUGAGAGCCGUGCAGCCACGCGUGGCGAUCUGUCUCAUUGGCGGGGCCCGUCACUUUGAGCUCACAGCGUCAUCUCUCAAGCGGCACGUCCUAUCAGCGUACCCGGGCUCGCACGCGUUCAUCAUCGCGUCUCUGGAUGGGGAUGCCAAGAAGCUCGCGCUGCUGGCGGCCCAUCCCGCUGUGGUCUCUGUGUUCGUGAGGCAGCAAGUGCGGAUCAAUGAGAGUCGCUUCCCCACGCACGUCCUGGCCGUGCCCAGUGUCCAGGGCCAGCUGCAUCAGUUUCUCAAAGUGGAGCAAUGCGUUGCAGCCAUUACUUCAUUCGAGCACUAUCAUCAGUUCAAGUACACAUGGGUUCUUUGGACAAGACUUGACACGUACUGGACCGCUCCUCCUCCACCAUUGGAUUCGCUUGAUCCCACGGCCUAUGUUGUGCCACGUGGCAGUCCGUGGGGUGGUCUCAACGACCGCUUCGGCAUGGCGCGGCGGGACAUAGCAUUGGGUGCUUUGAAACG